CCGAAUGGCACUCAACGGUGAUUGUCGCCAUAUCUUAUUUGGCUUGGCCACUCAGACAAGCUGACAUGACUGACAGGACAGCCUUAUCCCCGCGUUUUCAGCAGGGCUUCUUGCUGUGGCGGACUUGCAGGCUUGCUGUUGAUAAGAGGGGCGUCAGGGAUGGAGGGCAACCCUUGCCCCUUUUUCUCAAACGACAGCCAGCUACAGGGGUUGGUCAACAUCCGAGUGAGAGUCCACACUUGCUUUUGAAGACUUGAACUGGCGAUUUGGGAUCACGGAUUCACUUUCCACUUUCCCCGGCCAUAGAACUGCCGUCGUCGUGCAUGCAUGAGACUGCCGCCAUCAGCUCAUCCUGCUUUCUGCGGCGUUCCACCUCAUCACACGCUUGCGGCACCCGCUCUCUUCAAAUGGUGACUGUGAAACCAGCCUCAACGUCAUUUCCCCUUGGUCGGUCUGGGUGUCGCAAAUCGCACCGCGAACCCGGAUGAAGUUCUGCGUGCUCAAACCGUUCCGAACAGGCCCUCUUCGACCGGCGACACAAGCUUGACUUAAAAAGCCGACUUCUCCUUUCCCUUUGCGGGUGCCAGCUCAGCCACAGGAUGCCUCCCUUGCGACGAUGGCGCCCCCUCCUCCUCCUCGUGGCCUUCUGGCUCCUGGGCAUGUACUGGAUGUUUGGCGUGGACGACGAGGCGCCCAUCGCACACGCCCCGGGCUCCAACACGGUCCCCGGCCAGCAGCAGCAGCCCCAGACGGGCCACCAUGACGUGGCGCCCGUGAGUGACACCCAUGGCCGCGGCGGCGCGCAGAACGGCGGCGACAUGAAUGCCAGGCGCUGGCGGAAGCUGCCCGACCUGUUCCCGGUCACGGGCGCGCUGCGGGAGCUGCCGGCGGCGGGGGCCGGCGGGAGCGGCAUCCCCAAGAUCCAGGCCGCGGCGCCGCGCGAGUCGGACGCCGCGCGGGAGCAGAGGCUCAAGAGGCAGAAGGCCGUGAAGGACGCCUUCCGGCACAGCUGGGCGGGCUACAAGAAGCACGCGUGGCUGCAGGACGAGGUGACCCCGCUGGGCGGCAAGCCCAAGAAUCCCUUUGGCGGCUGGGCGGCGACGCUGGUCGACGCGCUCGACACGCUGUGGAUCAUGGGCCUCGAGGACGAGUUCCGGGCCGCCGUGGAGGCGGCGGAGACUAUUGACUUUGCCACGUCUGAUUCCGACCUGGUGAAUGUUUUUGAGACCACGAUCAGAUACCUCGGCGGCUUCCUGGCCGCGUAUGAGCUCAGUGGGAAGAAGCACGAGGGCCUUUUGAGGAAGGCGGUGGAGGUUGGCGAGCUGCUGAUGUCCGCCUUCGACACGGACAACAGGAUGCCCAUCGCGAGAUGGGACUGGAAACUAUACAUGACUGGCCACGUGCAGAAGCACCCUAGGACUGUGCUUGUGUCGGAGCUGGGGUCUUUGUCGCUCGAGUUCACCAAACUCUCCCAGCUGACUGGAGACAUGAAGUACUACGACGCUGUCCAGAGGAUCUCGGAUGAGUUUGAAAAGGGCCAGGAUGGCACGAAACUGCCAGGCAUGUGGCCGGUCCAGGUCGACUCAUCCGGGCCGUUUUUCACGACCGACAAUGCCUUUACCCUGGGGGGGAUGUCAGACUCGCUCUACGAGUAUUUCCCCAAGCAGUACCUCAUCCUCGGCGGCGCGCUCGAGCAGCCCAGGAAGAUGUACGAGAAGUUCAUUGACGUGGCAAAGAAGGCCCUUAUGCGCCGUGCCAUCAACCCAGACAAUAUCCCGAUCGUCAUUCCGGGCGACGCCCGGGUGAGAACUGUAGAUGGUGAGAUAAGCGUCUUUAACAGCCCGAAGGGUCAACACCUGACAUGCUUUGUCGGCGGGAUGGUCGGCAUCGCCUCCAAGAUCUUCGACAGGCCCGGCGAGCUGGACCUCGCCGCGCAGCUCACCGACGGAUGCGUCUGGGCGUACGGGGCCACUGCCACCGGAAUCAUGCCCGAGAUAUUCGGGUUCGUCCCCUGCGGGGGCGUCGAGGACAGCCAGGCCGGCCCGGAGUGCAGCUGGAGCGACCUGAAAUGGCGCACCGCUGUCAGGGACCAGUACCUGGGGGUCAAGAGCGGCAAGGACCCGAUGGGGGACGAGAUCGACAAGACGAUCAGCACCCAGAGGCUGACGCCCGGGAUGCUGCAGUACUACGACAAGAAGUACAUACUCCGGCCGGAGGCCAUCGAGAGCGUCUUCAUCAUGUACCGGCUCACGGGGGACAGCUCGUGGAUGGACAAGGCGUGGAAGAUGUUCGGCAACAUUGAGCGGCUCACGAGGACCCAGAUAGGGGCCGCCAGCCUCAGGGACGUGUCGAGGAAGGACCCUGGCCAGUUCGACUCGAUGGAGAGCUUCUGGCUCGCAGAGACGCUCAAGUACUUCUACCUGGUGUUCUCCGACUUCGACGCCGUUGACCUCGACACGUGGGUGCUGAACACCGAGGCGCAUCCUUUGCACCGACCGGAUGUGAAAUGAUGCUAUUUUUUAAAUGCAAAUACAAGUUCAAAUCCAUGAUCCCGAAAUGUAAAGUUCUCUGGGCCUCGGUUUUAUACUACAAUAGUAGGGCUGUUAUUGUCUUGACAGUCAGUCAACAGGUAGUGGUAGGGAGCUACAGCACUGGCCACCGUCAGGACUGGCAGGGGUCAGAAAAGGGGCCAACGGUUCCAAGCUGACGUGACAGUUGGCUUCACCAGGAACCAAAGGCACACCGUCCAACAGAUAAGGGUGCAGUUCGCUUUAGGCUGG